AUGGCUGAAUCUUCUGAAAAACAUAUAAAGGAUCUACAAAAUGAAACAAUACAAAAUGUAGAAAGCACCACUGAACCUUCUCCUGACGAUGCAGUCAUAGAUCCUCUAGAAAAAAUCAAAUUAUUUGUUGAAAAAACAGAAUCAAUGAAAGAAAUUGCUAAAGAGAAAAACGAGCAGUUGGAACAACAAUUUAAAGAAUUAAAAGAGAAACUAAGUUCGAGUUCAGAGUACUUAAUGAGGAUCAAGAAAAACAUUGAAAACUUGAAGUUCUCCUAUCAAAAGAAUGUUUCAGAAAUGCAAAAGCAUUUAGAUCCAGCUGAUUGCCUAGAAAACAGAACUCCAGAAACUAAACAUGACAUAGGGAAGGAGAUGGAAGAAAUCCGUAGAAAAAUUGAAACACUUCAGGCUAGAGUGAAAGAGCAGACAGACAAACAUCAACAUGUAACUGAAGAUUACAAAAGUGCUUUUGAUAAAGUAGUUGAUACACUAGAAGUGAUUGAAAGUGGAUCUUUCAGCUCCCAAGAUCUGCGUAACAAGUCUAAAUGA